AUUCGAUUCAAACUUGUUGCCAUACUGCACUAGCGAAAACAGCUAGCAGAGGGGCAGCUAACAAUUUAGCUAGCAGGCAGUUCAGCAGCAGCUGCAGCUACAAAAAAGCAACUCGUGUCUGUCUACAAAUCCAUGACGAGAACACCAAAUUUACAAAUAUGCUGCCCGAAUAGCGACUGCUAGUUUCCUCAUUUCCACCCGUCUUUAUCGCCUGUAGCGCAUCGUGAAUUUCUCAGUGACCCGAAACGCUUGAAACUUAUCAGUGGGGAAAUGGACCCAGAAAGACUGACACGAAGAGAGGAAAUCCAGAAAGCAAUGAGUUUUAUCCAGUCAUCAUUGCCUUUCCCAGAGCCAGAGAAUUAUGAGGCUUUUUUGACCCAGUUGGUAUAUAACCUCCUGGGUGAGGGCAACUCCUGCUACCGAGACGGCGACUCCCGUCAAGCAGCGCAGCAGUAUGGAGAAGGGAUCAGUGUCGCCCGUUAUGCUCAAGCCGAGGCCCUCAUCAUCCCCCACGAGUUGCUGGAGAGCCUCUACGUCAACCGGGCAGCUGCCUACUACCAAAUUAGGGAAUUUGAGCGUGGCGUUCAGGACUGCGAUAGUGCGCUAUUUGUAUCCGAAGGCAGUCGCAGGGCUCUGUACCGCAAAGCGCUCUGCCUGAGAGAAAUGGGACGACUCAGAGAAGCCUAUGAGUGUGGCACCAAAUGUUUGCUCACGGAACCACACGACAAGCAAGUUUGCGAGCUUGCUCAAGAGCUGGCCAAUAAGCUGGGACUGAAGGGCCGUAAAGCCUACAUCAGUCAAACUGAGUCCACGGUCACUGAAGGAGAGAGUCUUGGCGAGACAUCACCACCCUCUGGAGAGUUGUCCUCCAAUGGAAUGGAGUCUCUGGGUGACAUGGGACCAGCAGACCUGUCCAAUGCACAGUGCAUCCCCGCACCUCUGGCCACGUCCAUCCCGGUCAGCGACGAGCCCUCAGUCCUGACGCCUUGCACGGACCUGUCAGAGAGCCCUAGCAGCCCCAACAGCCAGUCUUUACCGCAGAUGCCGUACUCUGUCCCUGUGUCUGAACACAUCGACGAAUGUACCAGUAUCGUGAAGGAUGAGCUAGACAGUAUCCUCGAAUGCAUCCCCAAGAAAGUCAGUGAGAGUCCAGUAGGCGCCAUACCCACCAACCUUCCAAAUACAGCGGUGGGUCUGCGCCCCCCUUACUCCCCCAGCCUACCCGCCCCGUCAGCCCAGCUCGCCCCCACCUUCUUCGGCUCCUCCGUCAGCGACAUUCCCCCUCUGGAGCCUUACUCGCCGCUGGCCCAGCGAGACCAAGGCUCCACCCAAGCGCAGGACGCUCUGGGAGGCUUCUCAAGUGGAGCCAUGGACGGAGAAGCAAAGUCUGGGAAAGUUUCCGGUGGGCUCGACUCUUUGUCAGAGUACACUCUCCCUGGUGGACGGGUGUGUCACAGCUUCAUCCCCGGGAUGCGAAAUCACAACUCUGCUCAAGCAAAUGGCCCAGCAGGAACAAACCUGUCCAUGCUGUCUAGGAAUCCUCUGGCUGGAACACAUGAAUUUCGUCAAGCCUGCCAUGCGUGUUACAGUCGAAUAGGUCCACGAGUGAUGGACUAUAAAUACCAGCCAGAAGCAGCACAUCGAUGCAAGAGGGAUGUCCUGCUGUGUCGCCUCAAAAACACAGAUGACCCCACCUGGAAAAGGAUUCGGCCACGUCCUGCACGGAACAACUUCUUAGGGGCCUUCGUACUUUGUAAAGAGGUGCAGGAACGCCAGGAGUGCCAAUACGGUGAAAACUGCACCUUUGCAUACUGCCAGGAGGAAAUCGACGUAUGGACACAAGAGAGGAAGGGCGCACUGAGCCGAGAGCUAUUGUUCGACCCACUGGGGAGCACGGAGAGGCGUGCAUUGAGUGUUACCAAACUGCUUCAGCUCCACAUGGGCAUGUUCAUGUUCCUCUGUGAGGAAUGUUUUGAUAGUAAGCCCCGCAUGAUAAGUAAACGCAGCAAAGAAAACUUGGCAGUGUGUUCCAACAUCACAGCUCGACACCCAUUUGAUGACAAUAAGUGCCUGGUGCAUGUGGUGCGCUCAGCUAACGUGCGCUACAGUAAAGUACGCCCUCUCCACCCCCUGUGCCAGUUUGAUGUUUGUCGCCACGAGGUUCGGUAUGGCUGCCAGCGCGAGGACAGCUGUUCUUUUGCGCACUCGGUCAUUGAACUCAAAUGUUGGGUACUUCAACAAGACACGGGCAUUACCCAUGAAGAGAUGGUGCAGGAGUCUAAAAGACAUUGGCAGAGACUAGAGCAGAAUGCACAGAAGCAGCAAAAGCCCAUCCACCAUAUUCCCCACCCGAGCAGCAGCAUGCCUAUUGGUGGAAUGGGAGUCAGCGCGGGUGGCGUAGGAGAUUGCAUCGGCGGAGGCGGGGUGCCUUCUGUGGGAGCGCUAGGAGGCGGCGCUGGACGCGGCCGCCCCCUCAACCUGAAAAUGAAGUUUGUGUGUGGACAAUGCUGGAGAGAGGGGCAAGUAAAUGAGCCCGACAAGAACCUCAAGUACUGCACUGCCAAAGCGCGGCACAGCUGGACAAAGGAGCGGAGAGUCUUGCUGGUGAAAUCAUUUGAGAAAAAGAAGUGGGUUGUCGUCCGGCCUCUCCCGUUCUCCCGCACCUAUCCACAGCAAUAUGAUAUGUGCGUGCACGUGAUGAAGCAGAAAAAGUGCCACUACAUUGGCAACUGCUCGUUUGCCCACAGCCUGGAGGAGAGGGACGUCUGGACGUACAUGAAAAACAACAGUUUGAGAGACAUGCAACAAAUGUACGAACUGUGGCUGCAGCUGACCAAUCAGAAUAGACGCACAGAGAGCACGGCAGCGACCCCGCCCCCCGAGGACAAACAGGUCACCAUCACAGCAGAUUACAGUGAGAACAUGGGAGGGCGGCGUUUGUCCGACGGGGACGACCUCUGAGAGUCUGUCAACUGCCGACAGUCCGGAGAUGGAGCCAACUAGAACAACCCGUCAUCUCGCCAGUUUGAUCUCUUGCCUUGUGGGAGCCGAUGUAAACACGAUACACAAACACACUCGCACAUUUACAUUGAUACAUAAGCCACAAAUCUCAAUCAAUCAACACUUUGUUUUACGAUCAUUAAAUACGCAGAACUGAAAAUGUGUCCACCAGACACAGUUUUGUUUUGUUUUUUUAUUCCUGACAGCAUCAAAGCAAUUUUUGAAUGAGAGCGCUGGCCGCAAUUCUUACAUUUUGCUUGGCAAUAAAGGAAACUUCCCUUGAAUGGGACUAACAGGCUAAAAGUUGACCUUUUCAAUGUAAUAGUGCCAAAAAAAAUUACACCUUUGUGCUGUUAGAAAGCUUAUUGUAACAGACGGAAGCAUUUUUAAAAAGAAGGGUCUGGUGGACACUCUUAAUUGAGCAGCAGUGCAACUCUUCCGGCUCCCCGAUGUUUUUUCAUCGGGAGUCGUACUUCCUCGUUAUAUUGUCUGCCAUAUUGGUAGAGCACUUUGAAUGUAACGCCUGAACGGGCUCUUAAAACGAGGGAAUGGAUCAAUCGUGAAGAAAGCUGUACUGUUGUACGCCUAUUUACAUUUCUAAAAUCAUGAGCAAAAUACUCUUCCCUGUUUUCUUUUGGAGAGGUGGCUACAUCCCAAACACGCAAACAUGCACGAGCUGUUUACUCCUACUGAAAACAUCUUUACAGAUAAAUGAAGGGCACAUGGCUAAAAAUGGCAUGUGUAGAAGAGAAUGAGCUCAAUCGGACUGAAUCAGCUUGUCAAUUAAUUCUGCCUUAGCGGAAGCCUUGAGUUAUAUUAAAAAUUAGCAUUUUUAGGCUAAAAGGCUAAGUGUAUUUGGAUAAAUGGAUCAAAUAAGGAAGUGAUUUAAUUGUGUUGGAAUAUGAAGCUUAAUUUGAAAGUAAAGGCAAGUUGACAUUGAUUCAGUCCGACCAGGCCAUCUUAGUCGGGGAUUCACACACCUUUUUUUUUUCGUUUUUUUAUUUAUUUUUUUUUUUAAUGUGCCUGUUAGCAAAACACACAAAAACACAAACAGGAUUAUCGGCCAUCUCAUUGAAGCCUUUAAUGCAAACACACACAAUGGAAAUAUGUCUAUAUUACACACAACCUAUUUACAUAUAAUGCUAUACUACUAAUAAUGGAUAACUUAGCAAUCAAGCUUAAUAACCUCCGUGAAGUUGACCCCCCAUCAGAUGCAAAUUUAUAGAAAAAUUAUGUCAUUCGUUUGUGCUGAAGAAAAUUUCGUUUGUGCUAUUGUUUUUGAUAUUAACAAUUGUUUUAUAGGUCAAUCUGUGGUCAACCAGCCCCCCCAUUUUGAUUAAAAAUGGCUAAAAAUGGUAUCAAUCGUUUGUGUUGUAAAAAUUUAGUUUUUGCUGCUAUCAUUUUAUAGAUAUUAAGAUCUUUCGAGUGAAAAUGUGACUCGCAGCCACGUAUUUACUGCAGAAGGAACCCUAAGGGGUGCCAUUGGUUGUUGUUGGGACACCCUUUGUUAUUGAGAGAGUUGGUACGCUCAGUCAGCCGCGACAGUGAGGCUGCAGUUGACAUUAGUACUAUUAAGAUGUUAAUAUUGAGUGCUACGCUAGUGCUAGUUGUUUGGACACCCCUCUGUUAUUGAGAGAGCUGGUGCCAUUGGUUACCUGCCAUGGAGGGGCUGCGACUGGCGUCAUCACUAACAAGAUAUUACUUUCGAGUGCUGCAUUAGCGCUAGUUGUUUGGACACCCCUGUGUUAUUGAGAGUUGGUACGCUCUAUCAGUCGCGACGGAAAGGCUGCGACUGACGUCAGCACUCGAAAAUAUCUUAAUAGUGAUGACAUCAAUUGCAGCGUACCAACACUCUGAAUAACAGAGGGGUGUCUCAGCAAUUAGCGCAAAUGUAGCACGAAUGGCACCUGUUUGGGUCCAGUUUGCGGUAAAUGGGGGGGGCGGGGGCUGCGAGUCACGUCAUCAUUCGAAGUUUGCGCUAGUUGUUGGGACACCCCUGUUAUUGUGUUGGUACGCUCCGUCAGCUGCGACAGAGGGGCUGCGAUUGACAUCAUUACUAUUAAGAUAUUCAUUUCGAGUGCUAUGUUGGCGCUAAUUGUUGGGACACCCCUCUGCUAUUGAGAGUUGGUACGCUCUGUCAGUCGUGACGGAAAGGCUUUGACUGACGUCAUCACUCGAAAAUAUCUUAAUAGUGAUGACAUCAAUUGCAGCGUACCAACUGAAUUACAGGGGUGUCCCAGCAAUUAGCGCAAAUGUAGCCCAAACAAAUUAACCUCUUUAGGUCAAUUUUGCAGUAAAUUGGGGGGGCUGCGAGUCACGUCAUCACUCGAAGUUUGCGCUAGUUGUUGGGACACCCCUGUUAUUGGGAGAGUUGGCACGCUCAGUCAGCUGCGACAGUGGGACUGUGAAUGACAUCAGUACUAUUUAGAUGUUAAUUUUUAGUGCUACGUUAGCGCUAGUUGUUUGGACACCCCUAUUAUUGAGAGUUUGCACGCUGCGUCAGUCGCGACUGAAAGGUUGCGACUGACGUCAUCACUCGAAAAUAUCUUAAUAGUGAGAACAUCAAUUGCAGUGUACCAACUCUGAAUAACGGGUGUCCCAGCAAUUAGGGUAAAUGUAGCACAAAGAAAUGGCACCUCUUUGGUUCCAUUUUGCAGUAAAUGGAGGGACUGCCAGUCACGUCAUCACUCGAAGUUUGCGCUAGUUGUUGGGACACCCGUUAUUGAGAGUUGGUACGCUCCGUCAGCUGCGACAGAGGGGCUGUGAUUGACAUCAUUACUAUGAAUUUUGGUGCUACGUUAGCGCUAGUUGUUGGGACACCCCCGUUAUUGAGAGUUGGUACGUCGCGACUGACGUCAUCACUCGAAAAUAUCUUAAUAGUGAUUAUGUCAAUCGCAAUGUACCUACUCUGAAUAAGAGGGGUGUUCCAAUAAUUGGCACAAACGUAGCACAAAUGAAUGGCACCUUUUUUGGGUCCAUUUUGGGGUAAAUGGGGGGUCUGGAAGUGACGUCCUCACUUGAAGUUUGCACUAGUUGUUGGGACACCCCACUGUUACUGAGAGAGUUGGUACGCUCUGUCAGUUGCAACAGAGGGGCUGCGUUUGACAUCCAUCUCUAUCAAGAUGUUAAUUUUGAGUGCUGCGUUUGCACUAGUUGUUGGGACACUGCCUGUUAUUCAGAGAUUUGGUACACUAUGUCGCGACGGAAAGACUGCAACUGACGUCAUCACUAACAAGAUAUUAAUUUUAAGUGCUACAUUCGCGCAAGUUGUUGGGACACCCAGUUAUUCAGAGGUGGUACGCUCCAUAGCUGCGACUGAAAGCCUGCGACUGACAUUAUCACUCGAAAAUAUCUUAAUAGUGAUGACGUCAAUCGCAGCGUGCCAACUCUCUGAAUAACAGGGGUGUCCCAACAAUUAGCACAAACAAAUGGCACCUCUUUGGUCCACUUUGCGGUAAAUGAGGGGGGGCUGCGAGUCACAUCAUCACUCGAAGUUUGCGCUAGUUGUUGGUACACCUCUGUUUUUGAGAGAGUUGGUACGCUCCGUCAGCUGCGACAGAGGGGCUGUGAUUGACGUCAUAGCUAUUAAGACAUUAAUUUCGAGUGCUACGUUUGCGCUAGUUGUUGGGACAACCCUCUGUUAUUGAGAGUUGGUACGCUCCGUCAGCCAUGACGGAAAGGCUGCGACUGACGUCAUCACUCGAAAAUAAUAUAUCUAAUAGGGAGGACGUCAAUCGCAGCCCCUCUGUUGCGGCUGAUGAAGCGUACCAACUCUCUGAACAACAGAGGGGUGUCCCAACAAUUAGCGCAAACGAAUGGCACCCCUUUGGGUCCAUUUUGCAGUAAAUGCGGGGGGGGGGGGCUGCAAGUCACGUCAUCGCUUGAAAUUAAUAUUUCGAGCCAGGCUAUUGUGAACAAGCUCAUAUGAUGCCUCUUAAAAAAAAAACAUUUUUUUUUUUAAAUCAAGAGACAAGUAAAAUGGCAUGUUUGAAUACAUCCAUCAAGAGUGCUACCAAGUUUCAGAGACAAGAGACGGCAGUCGUUUUGGGAAAACACACAUUUUCAAGAAGAGCCCCGAGAUUGAGUUGUUUUGUCCUAAUAAGAGGAAAUCACUGACGAUUGUCUUUCAUGUACCAGAAUGGCAGAUCCUUCCAUGUGCAGAUAUAUAGGUUGUUCAAAUGUGUAUGAGAAGACUUACUUCGUAUUUUAAUAUAAACUGUUGCCUGUUGUUAAACUCCUGUCAGCACUUGAAAAAUCUUUUUUUAAAAAUCUCAAUAUCUAUAAAACGAUAACAGCACAAACAAAAUUUUUACAGCACAAAUGAAUGGCACCUUUUCGGCUCCAUUUUGCAAUAAAUGGGGGUCUGCGUGACGUCAUCACUCCAAAUUAAUAAAUCGAUAUCUCAAGACAGCAGCACAAACGAUUUUUUACAUUUUUAAUCAAAAUGGGGGCCUGGUUGACCUCAGGUUGACCUAUAAAAGAAUUGUUAAUGUCUCAAAAACGAUAACAGCACAAUCAAAUGACAUAAUUUUUCAAGAAAUUUGCAUCUGAUGAAGGGCCAACUUCACGGAGCUAGCUUAAUAAAUAUGUAACCAGAAAACUGUAUUGAUCUCAUAGAACUUUGUUAUUGAGGUAUUGCUAUAUGACAUGUAUCGCUAAACUAGAUGACGAUAGUGAUUUAAGAAAACUAUAUUCUUUUUAUGUUAUUUUUUUUCCUUGUAUGUGGGUUGAUCCAGACAAAUGAGCGAGUUGGUUUAAACGAAAGGACACUGUAAUGAGUGGAAUCGCCCGCAAUUACUUACUACCCUUAGUAUUAUAUGAUAAUGAUUGCUAUUGACUAUUUCUCUUCUAUAUGCCAUUGAUUAUAUGUACUUUUAUUGCAAUGUAUACCUAUAUAUGUAUCCACGUAUGAAUAUGAUAACCAUGUCUGUUUGGGAGGCGGUAAGCAGACAACAAAAUGGACGUCCUAACGCUCGAAUCUUUGUAAACGGAAGGAUAAUUGUUAAAGAUGUAGUGAGUUUUCCGCUCACUGCCUGCGCUGUGCCUUUUAAACGAAUUGGCCAGACGAGAAGUGAUCAUGGGAUUAUACAAAAAUGCUUAUAUACUCCUGCAUAGCGCCAUAUUUGAUAUAGUACACCUAUAAGAAUGAUAAUACCCUUAUUGUAUAAUCCUGCUUACUAUAUACAGUACAGUAUACGAUACCUGAUAACCUAUUAUAAUACUUAAGCACCCUGGUAUGGUCAUUUAGAUAAUUGAUGGUGGAUGUAUGUUUAUUUUUGUGGCUUGGUUAACCGCACCUUUGUACAUUUUUGGUUAAUCAUAUUCAAUUUAUGCACUGAUUAUCAACUAUACAGAUAUUUCAUCUGGUUAUUUUGGAAGCCUAAUUAGUGUGAAAACGGAAGGUAGUACAACAGCUUUCCAAGCCACGCAGCGGAAACUUCACCCCAUCACGCCUUCAUUUGAUUCCUAGUACAAAUCCACCGACUGACCCCAAGUUGAAUCAUGUCAAUCGGUUAUUUGAAUUUCUUUAUAGCAAAUUGAAAGAAUGAAACCAGGGUUGUAUGUAAAGGAAGGUUUUUUUGUACUGUAUUUUUAUUACAUUGGUUUCCUUGUUUUUAUGUUCUUCUGAUUUUUUUUCUUUCCUCCCUGGUUGGAAGUUCAAUUCUCAAGUGGACCAAAUCUCUUGAAAGCAUUUAAUAAACUCUUUUAGAAAAAUAAA